UGCCACCUCUUGUAGAAACCAAAUAGAAGAGGAACCCAUCACCUUCAUCUCUUUUGACAUUCUUCCAGAUUGAGACGAAACUGGGAUAGCCACUCGACCACCCCUGAUGUUGAUUCUCCUCCCUCCACGAUUUCUACGAAGACUGUAGACCACAGACCAAGCACCUCCCACUUUUAAUUUCUGUAGUAGUUGUUGCUGCUAUUUAAUUUGCUUUUCAUUUUUCUAUUUUCUUCCAAUUUUUCUUCUUUGUUUGAUGCCAUUCUGAGCUGUACAGUUUUGAUGAUCAUCUUAAUUUGUUGCUCAUGGUAUCCUCUACUAGUUGGAAAGAACGGUUGGGAGCUUCAUUCAAUGGCCACGGAUGAAGGACUUGAUGAUCGCCAAAUGAACAACGAGGAAAUCAAGAAAUUGGCGAAGUCCAUUGAGGGAAAACUAGAAGAGAUCAGUUACUUGCAAUCCGAUUAUGAUAUAUACCGAGUUCCCAGGCAGCUUCACAAGCUAAGUCCAGAAGCCUACACACCUCACUCAGUCUCAAUUGGGCCUUUGCACCAUAAAGACGAACAUUUACGGACUAUGGAAACACAUAAGUUGCGCUAUUUAAAGCGUCUUCUAAAUCGACAACCUACAAAGAAAACCUUAGAUGUUUACGUCAAAGGUGUGAGUAAAUUGGAAAAUAAAGCUCGGAACUGUUAUUCAGAUGUUGGCUUCGAAAAAGAUGAAUUUGUAAAGAUGAUGGUGAUGGAUGGUUGCUUUAUACUUGAGUUCUUCCAGACAAAUCUGAAAAGGGAAAAGGAUCAUUUAAGAUCAAAUACUUCAUGGUUUUGGGAAAUUAUGCAUGACCUGAUGAAGCCUGAAAAUCAGAUUCCCUUGUUUGUUCUUGAGCAUUUACAUGGCCUAAUCUUUGAUCUUCAUGAAGAGUGGGCCCAAUUCAAUUUUUGUUAUCAUAUCUAUGUGACGUUCUUAAUACUCUUUGCACCAGGAUUCCAUGCCCCAAUCAUUAAUAGUGAAGAACUAAAAUCGUUACCAUUUCCAGGGGGCGGGCCAAAGCAUAUCCUUGAUCUUUUAAGAUACGUCCUCGUCCCGCCAUCAUCUCAGUGGACGAUGGAACCUGGUGGAGAGAUUUUGUCGCUUACAUGUUGUGCCUCAAAUCUUAAGAGUGCUGGUGUGAAGUUUCGGAAGAGGGAGUAUUCUAAAUCUUCAAAGACGUAUUUAUUCGACAUAACCUUCGACAUGGACAAUGGAGUAUUGACAAUCCCAACAAUCGAGCUCGAUGAUAGCACAGAACUCAUCCUUAGAAACCUUACUGCCUUUAAACAAGGUCAAAAUUGUAUAGAAUAUUUUACAAGCUAUGCAUUCUUCAUGGAUGGUCUCAUUGACGCUGUCAAAGACGUCGAGUUGCUACAGCAGAAGGGAAUUAUUAUAAACAUCCUUGGCAGUGCAGAAGAAGCGGUGAACUUAUUUAACAACAUUUGCAAAGGUCUUUCCCUCAGGAAUCCCAUUUUCUCUAGUGUUAUCAAGGAUUUGGAGAACUAUCACAAUAACUCAUGGAAUAAAAGGAAGGCAAAUUUGAAGCAGAACUAUUUCAACACGCCAUGGGCAUCAAUUUCAGUCGGUGCUGCGGUGUUCCUCCUCAUCUUGACGAUCAUACAAACUGUUUGUUCCAUCUUACAACUUAAACCAUGA